AUGUCGCUGAAGGCGCUGAUAUAUGCAUAUAUCCUCGGCGGUAUCACCUUCAUACCGCUGUUGAUCCUCGGAGCCAUCUUCUAUACGGUAUACACAUCCGUCCCUGUGGACAACACCGCGGUGAAGCAGCCCGAGAAGGUAGAAGCAACAGCAUCUCCCGAGGCUGUGGAAGGCGACUCCCCGUCGACCCCUUCAGCGCCGUCGCUCGUCGAUAUCAAUGAUCUCCCGAGGGUACGCCGAGCAUGGUUGACCGUGCGCCGGACAUUCCAGGAGCAGCAGACCGAGGCAUCCUAUGUGGGGAUGGUACGCGGAUUCUUGGAUUCACGCUCAAAAGACGCAAAGCGCUCGAGACCCAAGGACAUGUGGUACGUGGUUCUCAAAGGCAAGGUGCUCUAUCUGUACGAGGACGAAAGCAUGAUCGAGUGCGAGGCGGCCAUUGAGCUCAGCGGGCACGAUGUGGUGAUCUAUCCGGAAGGCCUGCACGACGGAGAGCUGUUCUCCAAGCGCAAUGCCAUCUCCCUGAAGCCAAAGCUCCAACUUCCGCACACCGAGAUGCCAAGCGUCACGAAGGAGAUGAAGCUGCAUGAGGAGAACGUCGACGAGAAGGUGGAAGAGACGGGAGGCGGGCCGAAGAGCAAGCAGAGGGAGCGCGAGAAGCUGGUCGAGGUUCAGAAAAUGCGAGAGGAGGCGAGGGAGCAGGCGUUCGAUAACUACACGCCAUGGUUCAUCUUCGUGAAGUCGGUGGUCGAGAUGGAGGACUGGUACCACGCCCUCGUGCACGCAUCCGAGCAGCCUGCGAACGCGUCGACCCUCGCGCCCCUCGAGCCGGUGUUCGAGCCCGACGACAUGUCGCAUCUGGUAGAGACGCUGGACGAGCAGCCAGACGUCAUCCCAAUGCGCUGGCUCAAUGCUCUUAUAGGCCGGUUGUUCUUCAGCUUCUACCGCACGCAGAAGCUGGAGUCGUAUAUCAUCGGCCGACUCAUGAAGAAAAUAGCAAAGGUCAAGCGUCCCACCUUCCUCUCAAACAUCAUCGUGCGAGAGGUCUCCGUCGGCAACAAAGCACCUACGUUGAGCAAACCCAUGCUCAAGGAACUGACAAAAGAAGGCGACGCUUCCCUCGAAGUCCAUCUGCACUAUAAAGGCGAAGUGCGCAUCACGUUCGAAGCUACUGCUACCAUCAAUCUCGGAGCUCGGUUCAAGACGUACACGGUCAAACUGGUGUUAGCUUUGGUGAUUAGGGAAAUUGACGGCAACCUGUUGGUCAAGGUCAAGCGGCCACCCAGCAAUCGUAUAUGGUAUGCGUUCACGCAGAUGCCGAAGAUCGCGCUCGAGAUAGAGCCGAUCGUCAGCGACCGUCAAAUUACUUGGAGCAUGAUCCUGAGCAACAUCGAGUCCAGAGUGAAAGAAGUCAUCCAAGAGUCAGUAGUCCUGCCGAAUAUGGACGAUAUCGCAUUCUUCGAAAGCUCUAGGUAUCAUCGUCGCGGUGGUAUAUGGGCGGACGCUUCUCGCCGACAUAGGCGUCGCCGUGCCUCGGUCUCGACUGUCCAUCAUUCUGACGAGGAGGACAAGGUUGAAACGCCUUCAUCUGCACCUGAAGUACCGAAACGGCCACUUGCGGAUCUCGAACAUCCUACCGUACAACGCUUCCACUCGGAACAAGAUGCCACUGUCGAAGCCAAGAAUCAUUAUGGCGAACCGCAGGAGGUCUCAGACUUGCGCCGUGCUACAACGUCUAUUAGCAUGCCUGCUACUCCAACCUCUACAACAGCUUCGCGUCGACGCACCUGGUUCGGCGCUUCGCGUGAGGAGGAGCUACCACCCACUGACGAAGCUGAUGAGCCGAGAGGCCGCUCGCCUGAGACGGACACUGUACCGGCUCGAAGAUCGAGUUCUACUCCAACUAAUUCUGUCAUUGCAAGUCCACCAGAGGAUAUACCCCAAGCGGCCGAUACUCCUACAGGCGAAGACCAUAUACAAACGAACAACACUCGACGAUCGUCCUCUCAGCACUCGCAGUCCUCUUCCUCUCGGGGUACUUCCGCUCCCUUGUCCUCCGACGAUGAGGCCGUGGCUCUAGGAGCAGAUUUCGGUUCCUCAAGGCGCCCGAAAAGCCCAACAAGCAGCAGCUUCAGCCGCUCGACCGCAACAAGUUCCACCGCGACCUUCCUGCAAACAUUAAAGUCGCGUGCAGGGGACAAACAGGCUCUGAGCAACACGGCGAAGGAAGCGAUGCGCAAGUGGGGCGUGAACUGGAGCGGGCUGCGGAAGGAUAGGGAAGUGCGUGGAGGCGAGGAGAUAGCUGAUGGUGCCCAUGAGGACCAUCAGCGGCACUCCACCGCUAGCACCACUCGUACAAGGCCGAGCUACGCUGAAGUCAGGGCCGCGGUCGAACAGAGGAAGGGGGAGCGUUUGCCUCACGAGGAGACUGCGUUGGGGGCGGAAUCACGAUCUGAUCCUGUCUCGAUACCCAGGAGUGUCAAGGGGAAGGAACGGGCGACGGAGCCACACUCGUCCAGCGCCAGUGGUGGCAGCAGCACCGCGUCGUUUCGACUCGCCUCUACCCUACCCGUGUCCUCCUCCCCGAAGCGCAGUACGGAAGGCAAUGGUGCUGACUCACCUCAGCCGCGGUCUCUAUCCCCCGCAUCACACCUGCACAGAGUAGAGUCCGGGCGGUCGAACCCCUCCGGGGAGGUACCUGCGGGCGUUCUGCCAGACGAGCUGGAUGAGCAGCCGCACUCCCCGAUCCACACACAGCCGCCACAGGCGAAGACGAUGACUAUUCCCGGCAUACACGCGAGCCACCGCGGCGAGGUGAUGUCGAUGGGGUACGCCCCUCCUCCUCCGCCUCCCGUGCCAGCCGACGCGAAGAAGCCGACCAUACAAAGCGUGUACCGUCUUUGGAAGAACCCGAGCUCGUCACCUGGCUCCAUACCACGCGGGAUGGAGGCGCCUCCGCAGACGCAGACAGAGAUGCAGACGGGUUUCAACGGGCAUGACCAAGACGAUGCCCCGCCUGUGACGUUGGGCUCACUAGAGGUGCAUUCUGAGGCUCCCCCACCGCGUCCUGUCCCUCCUCCUCUCCCGCCUCGAUCGAUAUCCGCCGUUCCUCUUCACAAACCCGCGAGCGACGCCGCGUCCUCGCCUGCGUCAGCCGCGCUGCAGUCGAUCGCGUCGAAAGACAGGAGCAAGCGCGCAUCGCUUGUCCCGGGUGGGGGUGGUCUGGAUCCUGCGGGUGCCGGAAGCGAGGAGCGAAGCACUACUGGCGACGACACGAGUCCUGCUUCCCAGCCCGUGCCCUCGGGUGAUCCUCAGGUCGCUGCCAUUGUUCCUGUCGCUUCCAAGCCUCAACCACCCGCGCUACCCCCGCGCAGAAGCACAGUGACGAUGCUGGCAUCCGUGCCAGCUACUGCGCCGUUGUGA